AUUAGCGGCAGCUUUGCGGGGGGCCGGGGGCGCGGGCGGGACUCGUGGUUGGACGAAACCGCGGGCGCUCGUGUCGUGUUUUGGGCCAGCUGGGCCGUAAGGGUUCCUGAUCUAUGGCAAGCACCGCGCUGCUGUUGCACCGGCACGAUCUGUCAAGGUCCUGCAUUAGUCAGAUGGGUUUAGCGCCAGAAGCGGGGCCGAUUCCAUAUGAGCAUGGGCCACUGGCGGCACAUGUCAGGCCUGGAACGACUCCAGCCAAACCGCCCACAGCUUGCGCCAGCCCUGCAGGCGUGCGUCGGCGGCAUCCCCACGGCGGCGACCGCGUCGGCGGCCCGGUUUGAAGAGCGCCUGCGCUACCUCUUCGUCAGUGGGGCGGCAGGGCAGGCGGCGGGGCAGGAGGUGGGGCAGGCGGCGGGGCAGGAGGCGGGGCAGGCGGCGGGGCAGGCGGAGGCGGCGGGGCCGGCAGAGGCGGGGUCCCGGGGCGCGGUGCACGUGCUGUGGCACUACCACUUCUCCGCCUUCCGCCGAAAGCGCUGGGCUGCGUUCAUCCAGCGCGACCGCGCGCUCCACCGCGUCGCCAAGCAGCUCACGGGCGGCAGGCCCAAGGAGGAGGUGGUGGUGGGGUGGGGUUCGUGGGCCUUCCAGGGAGGGAAGGGCGGCUCCCCCAUCUCCGUCAGGGGCGGGCGCGCGCCGACGGGGCGGCUCAUCAAGCUGCUCCGUGAGCGCUACGCCAAGCAUGUGUUCAUCAUCGAUGAAUACAAGACCUCCAAGACCUGCUACAACUGCGGGUGUCAGGAGAUGGCCAUCAAGCGGCUUGGGGGGCUGAAGGAGGGGCAGUCGCCCUGGUCGGUCAAAGUCUGCAACGACUGCUUGACGACCUGGAACCGCGACGUCUCCGCCGCCAACGUGAUCCGUGUGCUCCUCCUGCUGAAGCUGAUGGGCUUCGAGCGGCCGACCAAGCUGCAGCGGCCGCCAUGGCCGCCGCCGGCGGCGGGGCCGGGCUGAGAGCCUGAACGGCGCUAGCAGGGCGUGGGGCUGAGGGUGCACGUGUUGAUUGGCGGCGAGUGACGUGACUAGUUUGUUAGCUGCGGGUUAGCACGGACUGUGCACCCCACCCAACCGGCCAUGUCCGGAUUUGCGGGGAUGCCAAAGGCCCCCAACAUAGAGGCGUGUGCUUAGUAGGCGCCCGCGUCAAGGUGGCCCCGGGAUCAGCCCUUUUCCUGCCAUAAGGCAGCCACCUCCUUGUUUACAUCGCCAUAGGUCGUCGGGCGGGCUUGGGCAGUGUAGCGGCAGGUGGAUGAAGAGCAGUCCAGAGCCGCUCCGAAGUCAUGUCAGUGCUUUGGGGGGGACAUACCGUAGUUUGCCUCAAAUAGUCCGUAACAUCAGGGCUCUCACUCUGGCUGAGUUGGACCCGCCGCCAAUUUGUGAUCAAUAGGCUUUACCAGGUACUAGUAUGCGACACGAAUCCCCCGGAGACACACUCUGCGCAAAACGCUUGGUUAUGGCACAUUGUAAGCACAUAAAUGCUACUGCGUGUACAAGCUCAUGCGGAAGUCGGGCAGGCUCUUGCGGAAGUCCGGCCUAGAUCCGUUGACGUAGGGAGCUAGAUGGGUUGAUCCCGUCUCAGCGCGAGCCCCAAUACACCGUCCUGAGUGGUCGUCUGCUCUAGGCGCAAAAUCAACACAUUGCUUCGGCGUGUGGGGGACGCGGCGUUGGCGAGAGCCACAGAUGGGCCUAUUAUCGUGGGGGC